AUGUCUCGACAUCAUCUGGGUGGUUCUGAAAGGCAUAGGUUCACAAAUGAUAUUAUUGUACUUGGUACAAAGCCUACAAAUAAGUAUAAUACUUAUUGUGUAUGUAAGGCUUGUGACGAAAUACUUGGUCAGGAGGAAACUUUAAAAAAUCCAAUUACCAAUAAAAAAAAUAUUGUUAGAAAUCAUCUUAAAAACUGUAAACAUUUUCGUGCGAAGAAAGGAUCAGAAGAAGCAGUAAAAAUAUAUUUAGAUGAUAUGAAUGACGAAACUCCUAGCAUUUCUUCAACACCUUCAACACCUAAAAAGCAAAGAAAAAAACCAUUAAAUUCUAAUACUAUGUCCAAUUUCAUUGUCAAAGAUACAACAAAUCAAGCAACUCAGGAGUUUUUUGAGUUCUUAAACCCAGCACUUACCCUUCCUGCUAGACAUGCUUUAUCAAAUCGUAUUCUUGAUGCCGAAAGAAAUAACUUCAUAAAAUCACGUGAACAAAAGUUAAGAGAAGAUGUUGUCAGAAAAAAUAUUUUGAAACAAAAUAUUUUUGGUUCAUUAUUUAUUUUAUCAACUGGAGAAGUUCAAGUUUGGGAAGCAAUUGAUAUUAGUUCAGAGCGAGAGCAGAUGAUCGAUGUUAUCCCUAAAAUUAAGAAAAUGACCAAUGAUGCUUUGAAUAUAGGGACAAAACUACUGGCAAUAGUUUCUGAUAGUGCACCAGCAUAUUCUGCUGCUAGACAUAGACUACGAUUGCAAUAUCCAGAAAUCAUUUUUAUCCCUUGCUUUGCUCAUCAAUAUAAUCUUGCCAUGGGUGAAAUAUUUAAAGAAUCUGACGAAUUUAAAACUGCAAUGAAACAAGCAAUACAAAUAGUUGGCUAUUUUAAUAACAGGAUCCAUUCAUAUUUUAUUGGAAAACUUCGAGACUUACAAAAGCAAACGUAUUCAAAAUAUAUUGCUUUAAUUUGUCCAGGCAAUACUCCUACUACAUUUGAAUCACCUUUAACCUAUAAUUCUAACAAUGAAGAAUCAAAUAGUUCAGAUGAACUUUACCUUCCGCAAAAUAUUACAUCGAUUCUUCUUAAUGACAACUUCUAG